UUUACAUAUUUAGCAAAGGACGAUGAUACAGAGUGGUGAGACUGAGCACAGUGACCUAAAACAGUGAGGAACCAGGCUCGUGAGUAAAUGAAGACCACCAGAGGGUUUGAAGAAAGAGGAAACUGGACUGCACCUGUGAGCUAAGGAGAGAGUGUUGAAAAAAGGAGAACACCGAAUCUGCGUUGAAAACAAACCUGUGAGCAUUUUCUUGGAACCCACUGAAAAGCCAGUAGAGAAGAUCAUGAGUCAGAGAACUUCCUUGGUGACACCAUCAGGAGCAGGAGCUCUGUAUGAUGGGAAGCAUCCCAAUGAAAGAUGUAUUCCUAACACUGUGGAUUCCUGUGUGUCAAAGGCACUGCCACGGGAGCUGGGGAUACAGCCAUGACCACAGCAGACCCUGCCCUCAAGGAGAUUACAGUCUACUGAGGAAACAGACAACGAUCUUUCUUGCUGUAACAGCUGAGCUGAACUGUAACCUGUUGUCCAAAGAGCUGAGGAAACACAUAGCCACUCUCUGCCCCAGUGUCAAGAAAGUGGAGGGUCUUGAUGGAAUUGAGAAGGUGUGUGGCGACUUCAGAGAUAUUGAAAAAAUACAUCGGUUCUUGAGUGAGCAGCUGCUGACAAGUGAGCAGAUGUAUGGAUCUUCCCAUUUAACAACAGAGAAGGAGCCCCUCAGUCGGCAGGACCACAACAGCUGCUCUUCUCCUGAGCAACAAACCAGGAAAGAAGAAAAUAGCCACUCUUUUCAAGUUUCCUUGCCUUUCCUUGAAUACUUCGAAUAUACUUGUCCUGAUAAAAUCAAAUUCAUAGAGAAAAGAUUUGGCGUAAACAUCAAAACUCAGGAGAGUUCUCCAAAUAUGGUCUAUUUAGACUUCACCUCAAGUCAAUCUGGCAACCUAGAAGUAGCUCGUGAGUGUUUUGUCCAUGAAUUUCAGAAGGGCACAGAAUCUCUGAAGCUUGAGAGUAUGGUUUUAGCAGACAGGAAGCAGGCCAAUGAAAUCACAGAGGCAUUAAACCACCGGUUUCAAAAGCUCCUCAUAAAGGAGAAAGGAGAAGAGUUGACUCUCCUUGGGCCCCAGGAUGAUAUUUCAGCCGCCAAACAUUUUCUUGCCGUCAGAAACUCUGAAAGCUCUGUCAAGACACCUGUGAAAAUAUCAGCUCCCAAUGGCAUGAUGAAUGGAAUCGAGGUUGACACUGCUCACUAUGAGCUUUUAGAAGCUGAAUUACAGCAAGAGAUACCAGUGAUAGAGAGAAAGUACAACACUAGCAUCAGGGCUUUUGGAAAAACUAAGGAUGCUCAGAAAACCUGCAUCCUGUUUGAACCCAAGGACAAGGAGAUUGACCUGUCUGCGCACGCGUGUGCAAGCUUCAUCCAUGCCUAUCAACAUGUCUCAUGUCAGCUGAAGAGAGAAAUUUUUUCCCUGAAACUUUUGAGCAAGGACAGAGAGCACUUACAUGGCACUAAGUUUGCUGAUGACUUCAGAAGAAAGCAUCCCAACAUACACUUGUCGUUAACUCAAAACUCAAUGAAUCUGACUGGUUUGCCAAAUCACCUUGCAAAAGCAAAGCAGUAUGUCUCAGCGAGAGAGGGAAUGCAUCUGUUGGCUGGAGAAGAAUGGAAUGAGGACCAUGGGACACCCAUGGACAUUGAUAGUAAUGACUCAGAAACAGCCUCACCUCCAGUCAAGGGCUCUGCCAGCUCCGGGGCCUCAGGAGUGGACAAGAAGGAAAAGGACACAUGUGCCAUCUGUCUGGACAACAUUACUAACAAACAGGUGCUACCAGAUUGCAAGCAUGAAUUCUGCACCCCUUGUAUCAAUAAAGCCAUGUCAUAUAAGCCAGUCUGUCCUGUGUGCCAGACCCAGUACGGUAUUCAGACAGGGAAUCAGCCAGAUGGAACCAUGGUUGUCGCUUAUUCACCACUAAGUCUCCCAGGUUACGCACCCUAUCCCACCAUUAUGAUUACCUAUAAGAUGAGCGGAGGCGUACAAACAAAGGAUCACCCAAACCCCGGAAAGAGAUAUGUUGGAACAAACCGAACUGCAUACUUGCCUGAUAAUGUGGAAGGACAAGAGGUUUUGAGACUGCUUCGUAAGGCCUUUGACCAAAAACUGAUCUUCACAGUGGGGCAGUCUCGAACUUCAGGAGCCUCAGAUGUCAUUACGUGGAAUGAUAUCCACCACAAAACAUCCAUGUAUGGAGGACCAAAAAUGUUUGGUUACCCUGAUCCUGAUUACCUCCAACGUGUCAAAGAGGAGCUGAAAGCGAAAGGAAUUAAAUAAGAAGAUUGCUGGAAGAAUGUCUUGACCCACCUUUCAAAAGAUAUUUGAGGAGGCAGAGUAAAUACCAAUCUAAAAUAUUAAGUUACAAACACCUUUUUAAAAAUUUGACCUCAGGAAGUGGUUUGUGUAAGAGUAAGAAACCGCUAGUCUGUCAUUUCUGGAGUGUUACUUCUUAUGGGGAAUCCCUGGUGCCACAGUGCUUAAGAGCUCAGCUGCUAACCAAAAGGUCGGUGGUUUGAAUCUACCAGCCACUCCUUGGAACCUUUAUAGGACAGUUCUGUUCUGUCCUAUAGGGUUGCUAUAAGUCGGAAUGGACUUGAUGGCCAUGGGUUUAACUUCUUAUGAAAGACAAAAGCCCCAAAGAUCUGUGUAAUUUUGCCAUAGAGGUGUCAUGGCUCAUUCCUGUCUCAUCCCUGGAAGUGGGAGGAAUGUUGCUGUGGGUCUGAAGUCAUCCUCUGUAUUCUUCAAUUAGACCUCUAGGUGUGAGUUGAUGGUCCUCUUUUCAUUGCCGUCUCUGUAGUGAUCCUUCAGUGUUUUGCUUCUUUUCUCUUUAAUCUCUACCAGUGAAAGUGAAAUCCUAACAUGAAAGGAUAAAAAAACAAGGCUUUGAUUGUGGACAAUUAGCCACAUUCCUCCCCGCUCCCCACCCCAUGGCAAGAGAAGUGGCCAGGAGCCGAGAUUGGACAACCUUUGGUAAAAAAUGGAAUAAGACUACUAUUUUUAAUGACACAGAGCCUGGUGUACAGUUGAUGAUUAAUACAUUUUAUUAAUAAAUAAAAAAGGGGUGUAUGCUCCCCAAACCUUUAGCAGAGUCAGGAGCGAGAAAGCCAUUUCUGGAGUCCUCACCACUGAUUUCGAAAACUGAGUUUCUUACUCAGGAACACUUGGUAUCUCAACUUUGACCGAGCCCCUGGCUUGAUUCUUGCUCCCUCCCAAUCCAAGGAACCUGCUAGAUGGGGUGCACUUGCCCUGGUGUAGUGAUGCGCCUCAUUUUUCAGCAUUUCUCCCUCUGGGUAUUAUUGUACAUUUGUGUAUACCCCACCUCCAGUUUUAACAGAUAAAUAACCUUACUUUAGUUCCCAUAGCCAUCAUCUUCACAGUAACUGUAGCCCCCCAUUGUAGUUUUUCACCCCUUGACUAUGUCCCACCAAGUUACAUUUUCCCGUUAAAAUCUUCUUUCCUGAUACAUUUUCUGGACAGAGAAAAGGCAGUGAGUUGGGCUUACUGUAAAGAACAUAUGACAAGUCCAAUUUUACUUUUAAAUGGUUCUCCAAUCCAGAAGAAAGUUAUAGUAGCAAAUUAUCUGGUUUUCCGUGUCUGUCUCCCUCCAAAACUGUUGAACAAGGCAACUUGUUCCUUUCCUUAAGAUGCCCAUAUCCACACGUUUUGAUCUUCUAGAUGAGAUAUUAAUAGCUAAUAUUUAUUGAACACUUGUUCUGUCCCCUUUAUAACAGCCUUGCAUCUGUGUGAUUUACACAAGUGGUAUUCCCAAGUUAUAAAUGAGAAAGUAGAAGCAAAGAAGAUAAAUAAAGCUCAAAUGUCACAUAGCUAAUAAAUGGAAGUGCUGGGAUAGGAACCAGCUAGUGUGGCUCCAGGGCUUCUGCACCCCACAGCUCUACUGCCUCCCAUGGGGUACUUCUCUGAGGAGCCGCUUACAGAGUUCCCAUUACUCUGGGCUCCUCUCAGAAAUGGAUUCUUGCACAGUGCUGAAAGCUGAUUUCCUCCAAUGAAGCCCUAUGUGAAGAACUGAAAACUCAGAAUCUUCUCCUUUGUCCAGAGAGUUGAGGAAGCUUAAGGUGAAUGAUACAUCAUUCUUUUUCUUUUUUGUUUUUUUUUAACAGAUUAUACAUUUAGUUUUUGGUGAUUGAUUAAAGUCUUUAUACUACCAUUAAUAGGUUAUUUUAUAUCUACUGAUCAUUUAGUUAAAUGUACUCAGAAAAUGCAAACGUUUGAGUCCUGCUAAGCUUUGGAUCCAUGAUUGCAAUGCACGUGCAUAUUCAGGUGUUCAUGGCAUGAGUGGUUGGUGAGCAUCUGGAUGACUGCUUUUGCUCUUUGGAAGGUGGUAUUAUCUGCAUUUGCUUUAAAUAAAGUGAAAUCCAUAUUAGUAACAGAUUGUCUGUGUUCUUUCCUCACUCCUGUUUUCCCCCUU